UAAUGUGUCUUUGUCCACUCUACACUAAUUAUACUUUGUUGCGUUACCACUUGAAGCGCUGAGCAUUGUGUGUAUGAGAAUCAGUGAAUCAUUGAAAAUCCCCCGCCUAGGUUUUCAUCUCGUUUACUGUUUGGAUUUGAAAUCGAUUGUGAUGGAUUGUUCCUGGUCAGGAUUACGGAAGAUAACUCGCAGUUCUUCCCUCGGCAGCAAAUUUGAGGUUCGCAAGUAGUGAAGGCGUGAGCGAAUUUGUGUACUGGUCUGACGCAAAAUCGUAAGAUUCAAGCCUACAAAAUCUUCUCAAGAUGGGGAUAAUUGAAAAGAUUAAGGAGAUUGAGUUCGAGAUGGCCAGGACUCAGAAAAAUAAGGCCACAGAGUAUCAUUUGGGACAGCUGAAGGCCAAGAUUGCGAAGUUGCGGACUCAGUUGCUAGAGCCUCCCAAGGGGACUACUGGUGCUGGUGAUGGCUUUGAGGUAACAAAAUUUGGACAUGGUCGAGUGGCUUUGAUUGGGUUUCCCAGUGUCGGAAAGUCCACAUUGUUAACACUCCUCACAGGAACACAGUCCGAGGCAGCUGCAUACGAGUUCACAACUCUUACUUGCAUUCCUGGAAUUAUAAAUUACAAUGAUGCUAAGAUUCAAUUGCUGGAUCUUCCCGGGAUUAUUGAGGGUGCUUCUGAAGGAAAAGGUCGUGGUCGACAGGUUAUAGCUGUAGCGAAAUCAUCAGAUCUUGUCCUGAUGGUUCUCGAUGCUUCCAAGAGUGAAGGUCACCGACAAAUUUUAACACGAGAACUGGAAGCUGUGGGAUUGCGACUGAACAAAAGGCCCCCACAGAUUUACUUCAAGAGGAAGAAAACAGGAGGAAUAUCCUUCAACAGCACCAUGCAGUUGACGAACGUAGACGAGAAACUUUGUUAUCAAAUCUUGCACGAGUAUAAGAUACAUAAUGCAGAGAUACUCUUCCGAGAAGACGCCACUGUUGAUGACCUCAUUGAUGUCAUCGAAGGCAAUCGAAAAUACAUCAAGUGUGUGUAUGUGUAUAACAAGAUCGAUGUUAUUGGAAUUGACGAUGUUGACAAACUAGCUCGCCAAGCAAACUCAAUCGUCAUAAGUUGUAACCUGAAGCUAAAUUUGGAUAGGUUAUUGGCAAGGAUGUGGGAAGAGAUGGGCCUUGUACGAGUCUACACAAAGCCUCAAGGGCAACAGCCAGAUUUUUCAGAACCUGUCGUUCUUUCAACUGAUAGAGGUGGCUGUUCGGUAGAAGACUUCUGUAACCAUAUUCAUCGGAGCCUGCUGAAGGACAUCAAGUAUGUGCUGGUUUGGGGAGCAAGUUCUAAGCAUUAUCCUCAACGCUGUGGCACACAACAUUGUCUUUGUGACGAAGAUGUUGUUCAAAUCGUGAAAAAGAAGGAGAAGGAAGAAGAUGGAGGAAGGGGUCGCUUCAAGUCUCACAAUACAGGGCCAGCUCGGAUUUCGGAUAGGGAAAAGAAAGCACCUCUGAAGACAUAGAGAACCACAAGUAUCGAGAUCCAAGAUAAAUCCAAGGCUCUUUGGGUUUCAUCUUGGUUUGUUUCUUUACGGUGUAAGCACUCCUGUAUAUGAAACCAUCAGCUUAUAUACACCAAUUUUCCAGGACGAAGUUUAGACGUGACAUGAAAAGAAAAUGCCUCAGACGUGGAAAUUGGGUGUGGGAGUAGUACGGAAACCUAUCUACAUGAGUGUGUUCCUGCCAGUCAGCUGUUAGAUAGGAAAUUUAAACAACUAUGAUUAGUGAAUACUUUGUAUUGUAUAAAUGGCUAGAUGAAGAGUUCAAUUUAUCGAAGCGAAUAUAGAUCAUAGGAUUGGCUUUAGACUCGUCAUCUGAGCCACGGCUGACACCACAGGACGACACUGAAGUUUUAGAAGUUUUCAAGUGCAAAAUUAUUCGUCUCAUCCACCGCCUAAGAUUGUUUUCUGCUUACAAUAGGCAGCUGCAAGGUCUUGUGUCCUCAUAACGGCGACUGCUUUACAGUCUUGAUCUUGACUGUGUUGGGUAUUCAAAUUGGGAAGUUGGUGUAAGUGCUACCUAACUGCGAAUUGUCUUCGCCAGUUUUGGGUUUCACCUCUAUGUUACCUAGGAUUCAAGGAGAAUAAAUGCAUUUAUGAGAAC